CUCACUGAGUCUCAUAUCUCUCCCACAUACACUCUGAGACACACACACACUCACUCUUACUUGAGUGAGCGGAGUUUGAGGGCAAAUAAGUCAAUAUUUGACCAGAGCGGACUGUACAGGAACAAAGAAACAGAAGAAAGUAGAAGCUGGAAGUGCGUCCGUUUCUGUUUGUAAGGGGAACUGUCAACUUGGUCACAAGGAUUUGAAGUUUUUGGGUUUUUUUUCCUUUUUCUGCUAACAGGUGGAUACAAAAACUCUUCACCAAACUCCUGGGUCAAACAAAGCAGAGAGAAAAAAAACAGGGAAAUAGUUUUCUUAUUUAUUGCUGCACCUUUGGACCUGGACUGGGCGAGAACACAGUAACAGGAAGGCGAUGGGGAGAUGGACGUUACAUCUCUCGGUAGGGAUCGCGCUUGUAGCGGUCCUGUUGACCUGCUCCUAUGCUGAAGAGAACUACUGCUUCGCCUCCAGGGCCAGCUCCUGCUCAGAAUGUCUGCAGGCCGGGGUCGGCUGCGCUUACUGCUCUGAAGAGACCUAUAACGGCCCUCGCUGUGACCUGCAUAAGAACAUAAUUGUCCAUGGCUGCCAGGCUGCAAGCAUCAUUACAGUUAAAAGCAGCCGGGAGAUACUAAAGAGCGAAUCAAUCGACGUCAAUCUUCAGAAGUCUCAGGUGUCACCACAGAGUACCAUGAUGACCUUCCUGCCAGGGGAGGAGAAAAACAUGACGGUGCAGGUGUUUGCCCCAGAGAAAGGCCCUCUGGAUCUUUAUAUUCUUAUGGACUUCUCAAAUUCCAUGGAGGACGAUUUGACCAACUUGAAAAACAUGGGGAAAGAUUUGGCUUCGCUGGUGAAGAAGCUGUCGAAUGACUACACUAUUGGAUUUGGAGAGUUUGUGGACAAAGUGAUAGAGCCCCAGACUGACAUGAGGCCCAUCAAACUUAAACAGCCAUGGCCCAACAGCGACCCUCCGUUUGCUUUCAAAAAUGUCAUUAAAUUGACAAGCAACGUAGGUGAAUUCACCCAGGAACUUCAGAAGGAGAGAAUUUCUGGAAACCUGGAUGCCCCAGAGGGAGGUUUCGAUGCCAUAUUGCAGGCUGCAGUGUGCGGGGAUAAAAUUGGCUGGCGAGAAGGCAGCACACAUCUCCUGGUCUUUUCCACGGAGUCAGCCUUCCACUAUGAAGCUGAUGGCGCUAAUGUGCUAGCAGGCGUCUUGCCACGCAAUGAUGAGCAAUGCCAUCUCGACAAGGACGGUUCUUACACAAAGGCUACAGAACAGGAUUACCCAUCAAUACCAACGCUGGUCCGUCUCCUGGGAAAAAACAACAUUAUCCCAAUCUUUGCUGUCACUGACCACUCCUAUACGUACUACCAGAAACUCAAAGAGUAUUUUCCCAUUGCUGAGGUUGGUCUGCUGCAACAAGACUCAUCCAAUAUCCUUGAAGUCAUGGAGACUGCCUUUACGAAUAUCCGAGCUAAGAUGAGCAUCCGUGCAGAGGACAGGCCCAAGGCUUUCGAGGCGAAGUUCUUGAAAGAAAGUGGACAGAUUGCAAAAUACGGGGAAUUUAAUUUCCAGCCGGGAAAAAUUGGCAGUUUUGUGACGCAGCUCAAAGCUCAACGGAUGAUUGAUGAAAACCACGUCUGCAAAAUGGACCCGAAUGAAAACAAGAGAGUAAUGAGAGUCAAACCGACCACCUUUAGCACCGGGGUCAUGGUUGAUGCCUCAAUUUUGUGUCCAACCUGUGACUGUGAGAAGUCACCCAUUCGUAAUGCGCCUCGAUGCAAUGGAAAAGGAGACCUGGUGUGUGGGAAAUGUCGAUGCCAUGGUGGCUGGGUGGGUCCUUUCUGUAAUUGUUCAGGGAGUGGUUCAGCUGCAGACAUCAACCAGUGCAAAGCAAAGGAAACAGAUGAACCUUGUUCCGGACGCGGAGAAUGUCAGGAGUGUGGAACCUGCAUAUGCUACAACCCAAAUCAGUUUGAAGGACCCUACUGCGAGUAUGACAAGACCCAGUGUCAAAGGCAUGCAGGUUUCCUCUGCAAUGACCGUGGCUCUUGCGUUAAGGGUCAGUGUGCGUGCUCUGAGGGCUGGACAGGAAAUGCUUGCGAGUGUCCCACGAGCAGCCAGACCUGUCUGGACAGCAAAGGGGUUAUCUGCGGUGGUCGAGGUAAAUGUGUAUGUGGCCGGUGUGAAUGUUCAGACUCUGGGAUGGAGUUGACUUCAGCCUGUGAGCCAAAUUUCCAGGCUCAGCUAGGUGUGUGUGAGGGCACGAGGACUUGUGUCCAGUGUCAGGCCUGGAAGACGGGAGAGAUGAAGGAAACAGAGAAGUGUGACAAGUGUCCGUUCAAAGUCAUCAUGGUGGACGAGCUGAAAAAAAAGGAGGAAGUGAUUGAGUCAUGCAGUUUCCGUGAUGAGGACGAUGACUGCACGUACCACUACACCGUUGACAACCUGAAAGAUUCAGAAAAGAAUGAUUUGGAGGUUCAGGUGCUCAAGAAUAAGGACUGCCCCCCUGGGAGCCUCUUGUGGUUGCUUCCCCUCAUCCUGUUCCUCUUGUUGCUGUUGGCUCUUCUGCUGCUUUGCUGCUGGAAGUAUUGCGCCUGCUGCAAGGCCUGCUUUCAGAGCUGUCUGGCUCUGCUGCCUUGCUGUAGGAGAGGCCGCAUGGUUGGAUUCAAAGAAGAUGAAUAUUUGCUCCGUCAGUCUCUGCUUACCUCAGACCAUCUUGACACACCGAUGGUGAGGACCGGUCCACCCAAAGGUACCGACGUGGUUCGCUGGAAGGUUACAGACAAUGUCCACCGUGGACCCAAUCACCCCCAGGCUCUAAUAAAGCCAAACCCUAAAGAGACCAUCCCAUUCCCGAUCUCACUUCGACUGAACAGGCUCUUCUCUGAGAGCCUGACACACCCCGAUUCCAAAGAGGGUGACCAGCUCCGCAAGGAAGUUGCAGAUAAUCUAAAUGAGUUGUACAAGCAAAUUCCUGGGGCGCAGAAGGUGCAGAAGACCUCCUUCAGAUCACAGAGAAAUGCUGGAAAAAGGCAGGACUACACCAUCAUGGACACCGUCUUGUCUGCUCCUCGCAGCAGCUACCCAGAUAUCGUCAAACUUACUGAAAAGAACGUCCAGUCUGGAAACUUCCACGACAUGAAAGUGGUGCCGGGCUACUACACAGUAGCUACAGAUAGAGAGGCUGCUGGAGCCAUAGAGUUCCAAGAAGGUGUGGAAUCAGUAGACGUCCAUGUGCCGCUCUUUGUCAAAGAUGAAGACGAUGACAAGAAACAACUGCUGGUGGAGGCUGUAGAUGUGCCUUUGGGGAUUGCAGAGAUUGGAAAACGUUUGGUUAACAUCACCAUCAUCAAAGAGCACGCCUCCAGCGUCUUUUCAUUCCUCCAGCCGUCUUACACCUACAGCAGGAAGGAUGGAGUGGCUAAAAUCCCAGUCAGCAGAGAGAUCAUCGAGGACGGACGCACACAAGUCGCAUACCGCUCACGAGACCUCACUGCCAAGGAUAAGAAGGACUACUUGACUGUAGAAGGAGACCUGACCUAUCUUCCAGGUGAGACUCAGAAGAUAGUUCCCGUUCGUCUCCUGGAGCUGAGUGAGAAAGAUGGUCUACUAGAAGACAAACAGGUCAAACAGUUUGUCAUGGACCUCAGUAAUCCAAGGCAGGGUGCCAAGCUGGGACGCUACCCGAGAACCACUGUUACCAUCGCAGACCUGCCAGAACACAGUGUGAUGGCGUUCAAGAAGGGCACCCAGAACUUCACCACAACAGAUCCAACCUACACCAUUCCAGUGGUCCGCACUCACAGCACCGAGACACCUGCCACGGUGAAAUGGCGCACCAAGAAGGCCCAGCGCUUUGAGUUAUCUGGCCCUCUGAAGUUUUCUCCCGGAGAGACAGAAAAGAACAUUGUGAUUGAUCCAAAAGCCCACCCCAGACCCAUCCAGCCUGAGACCUUCCAGCUUGAGCUAUUUGAACCAAGUACCAACGCUUCUAUUGGAGACAAGAAGACCACCGUUGUCAAUGUCACAGAUGGAGUUCCAAGAUCUCCUGAAAUAGAACAGAAUGUACACAAGGGCUUCAUACCCAUGAAAGGUACCUCACCUGGUGGUCACCUCCUCUCCCCAGAAAACCCUAAGGCUGUAGCAACUGGACCCAGAAGCAUCCGCCUCAACUGGGAACCUCCACCUGGUAACCCCAUGGGGUACAAGGUCAAGUAUUGGAUCUAUGGUGAUCCAGAGAAAAAUGCCCAGGUCUUAGAUGUAAAGACUCCACAUGCUGACUUGACCAACCUGUAUCCCUACUGUGACUAUGAGAUGCGAGUGUGUGCCUACAAUUCAGUGGGAAAUGGCUACGAUACUGACGUCGUCACCUGUCAAACAAUGGAGGAUGUGCCCGGAGAACCUGGUCGUUUGGCCUUCAAUGUCAUCAGUCCAACUGUCACUCAGCUCAGCUGGGCAGAGCCUGCAGAGACCAACGGCAACAUUACGGCUUACGAGGUCAUCUACACGCCCAUCGAUGACGAUAUGAAGCCAGUAGGACCAGCUAAGAAAGUGAAGAUCGACAAUCCUAAAAAGCGAAUGCUGUUGAUCGAGAACCUCCAGAACGCACAAACCUAUCAGUACAAGGUCCGUGCCAAGAACAGCGUGGGCUGGGGUCCCUUCAGAGAUGCAACCAUCAACUUGGCAUCGCAGCCAGCCAGACCGCUGUCCAUUCCCAUCAUUCCAGAUGUCCCCAUUGUGGAUGCCGAGGCGGGAGAUGAGUACGACGGCUACCUGAUGUACAGCAACGAGGUGCUGAAGUCACCUGUAGGCUCCAAGACACCCAGUGUGUCUGGUGACGAUUAUAUGAACGGGAGGUGGGAACAGAAUUUCCUUUUCCCCGGAGGGUCAGGAACACGUAACCUGUCAGCAUCGUCCUCCCCCAUGUCCACUCUGAGCUCAAACUACAGAGGGGCGGGCGGCUCCUAUACCACGGAAACAACCACCACCUACUUGUCUGGGCCAGGAGGCUCUCGCAGACAGGAUUUGAUCGGAGGUGUCCACACCUCUGACGUUAUCCUGAGGAAGCGUUCGGAGAACCGAGGCUACAUGGAAGAAAAUAUCCGUGAUUCUAUCGUCAUGGGAGACCCGUCAAGCAAAUUCCCAGAUCUUGGUGGGUUCGGCUACACUGGGACGCAGAGCAGCUCUCAGAGUCACUUCAGCUACAGCCUGUCUCAGGGCUCGAGGGCCAGGAAUCAGUCUUCAGACGUCAAUGAAGCCUUGUAUAGUCUGGACAGGGUUCUCCAUGAUGCACGACUCGCCCCCGGCAUUCCAGACACCCCGAGCAGACUGGUGUUUUCUGCUCUGGGACCAACGGCCCUCAAAGUCAGCUGGCAGGAGCCCCACUGUGAGAAAGACAUCCUGGGAUACUGCGUCCUCUACCAGCUCCUCAACGGAGGUGAGAUGAAGCGUAUCAACGUGACAAACCCGGCACAGAACUCGGUGAUCAUCCAGGACCUGCUGCCAAAUCACUCCUACCUGUUUAAGGUGAAGGCUCAGAGCCAGGAGGGCUGGGGUCCGGAAAGAGAGGGCGUCAUCACCAUCGAGUCUGCUGUCGACCCCAAGAGCCCCCUCAGCCCUGUGCCAGGUUCACCUUUCACUCUUAGCACUCCCAGCGCUCCAGGACCGCUGGUGUUCACAGCUCUGAGUCCUGAUUCGCUGCAGCUCAGCUGGGAGAAACCACGCAAGCCCACCGGAGAAAUCCUGGGAUAUGUAGUCACCUGCGAACAGCUGCAUGGCGGAGGUGAUAUGCGUACCUUCAAGGUGAACAGUGAUGGCGCUGAAACCAGUCUGACCGUUCCCAAGCUGACUGAGAACAUGCCCUACAAGUUUAAGGUCCAGGCUCAAACCACACAGGGCUUCGGUCCGGAGAGGGAGGGCAUCAUCACCAUUGAAUCUCAGGAUGGAAGUGCUUUGUCCCAGCACAGCAGCCAGUCGAUGACACGGCGGGAGGUUUUCCACAUGCCAACGGAAGUCAGCACACGAACUAACAUCUCCCACACCACGCUCGACGACCCCUUCUUCUCAGAUGGGAUGAUGAUGACUACGCAGCACACAGAGACUAGCGGCAUGGUGACUCGUCAAAUCACCAAAGAGGUGGUUCAGAGGGGCGUCAUGGGAGCAACUACUGUCACAAAGAAGAUGUUUUAUGAAUCUUAAAGGGCGCGUUUGACAAACUGGCAUCCAAAUGUUCGACGUAAUGAGAAAUCAUAUUUGAGAAUCUCUUUUAAAAAGAGUCGACUUCACAGUGCUGAGAGUGUUUUUGUAUAUGUGCGAGGGGGCGUAGCUUUCACUUUGCAACCAAAAUUACAUAAGAACUCGCGUCUGUUACAAUCUGCCGUCAUUUUCUUCUAUAAGUUCAGUUUGUUUUAACAUAUCCAUACGUAUCAAAUAUCAAGCUAGGUCUAUGAACUCACUUUGUGUUGCACAUUUCAUGCUAACGAGGAAAAAGCCUGAUUUUCUACUGCAGGCACAUGAUCAAAAAUAUACAGGAUGUAACAUGUUUUUGUAUCUCAUACAUUUGAAUUAAGUUGGUCUUUUUCAUGCUUAAAGUUUUUCUUCUCCCCGUGUGUUUAGCAUUUUAAGAAGUUUUUGACAGGAAGAUAUGUGUACGGUGGUCCUGAGUUACAAAACAGAUGCACACACAAAAAAAUAACAAGAAAAUAAAACCAUUUCACUUUGCCUAAAAAUUUUGGGACACCAUUUUUUUAAAUGGAAGGAGCCCGAGUCCUUGAAACAGCGGAAGAUAUUGCAGUUAUUAGGGAAUAUUUUCACGAAGGAUAUUUACCAUUCAAACCCUGAAAUCAAGAAUUAGGCCUGAGCAUAGAGGCAUGAGGAAAUCUGCAUUCGUAAGAAAGCAAGAUGCUCCCUAUAAACAGUAAAAUAGUAUUUGUUGCAUUUAAGAGUGAUAAGGAUUUUUAACUAUCCAUACUGUUGUUUUUUGCUUUAUUUUGUAUUUUGCAUCUCCAGGCCCCCAUACAAAUGUGUGUAAAGACAGAAAGAUUGUAUUUGCUUCUGCUGCAAGUGCUACUAUGUUCGGCUUUAUGUUUUCUUUAAAAAUGCUUUUGUGAAACAUUUUUGAGGGAAGCUCCUUGGUAGGAAAAUGGAUAAGUGGAUAAACGUCUCACCAAAAAACAUUUUUCUGUUCUUUCGAUCAAUUAUGUAUCUCUUACUUUUUAACAGUUGAACUUUUAUUAUUUUAUUUUUCAACUAUUUUAUUGCACAUAAUAAAGAUUUGAAAUGAU